AUGGGAGGGGGGCUAUGUCCAAGAAUGGACACUGCAGGUUUGUGCACAAGAUUGUCAAGUUCAUGGAAAAAUAUGGAGAAAGGUCUGAAUGAUGCGGUCUCAAAGAGCAAAGUUGGCAAAUACUUCAAGCUGGAUGCAAGAAAGAGCAGUUUCACUAAAGAGCUACGUGCUGGCACUGCCACUUUCCUCACCAUGGCGUAUAUCAUCACUGUUAAUGCUACCAUUCUAGCCGACUCUGGUGGUACCUGCUCCGUUGCUGACUGCUCUGCUCCGGUGAACCAAACGGUUGCUCCAGACUGCAUGCUUAAACCUAAUCAAGGUUACCAAAGCUGUCUCGAUAAAACCAAGAGUGACCUUAUUGUAGCUACUGUUCUAUCAGCCAUGAUAGGGUCGUUUGCUAUGGGAAUUUUCGCAAAUCUGCCUUUGGGCUUGGCCCCAGGUAUGGGUCCUAACGCUUUUGUAGCGUAUAAUUUGGUAGGGUUUCAUGGUUCUGGGUCUAUUUCUUACAAGACUGCAAUGUCAAUAGUCUUGGUUGAAGGUUGUGCCUUUUUCGCAAUUUCUGCUUUUGGGCUUAGAGAAAAGUUUGCUAGGGUCAUACCGAAACCAGUCCGGCUCUCUUGCGCAGCCGGCAUCGGGCUUUUCAUCGCUUUUGUGGGCUUGCAAGUCCAUCAAGGCGUGGGCCUCGUUGGACCUGAUGAGUCCACGUUGGUGACGGUGACGGCCUGCUCGGUCACAAAUCCAGUGACCGGAGAGUGCCUUUCCGGCAGAAUGCGGAGCCCUACAUUUUGGGUUGGCUCAGUUGGGUUGCUAAUUACGUGUUAUGGGUUAAUGAAGGAAAUCAAAGGCAGCAUGAUAUAUGGCAUUCUUUUCGUGACAUUAAUAUCAUGGAUUAGAGGAACUGCUGUGACAUAUUUCCCACAUACCGCACUUGGCGACAACAAUUAUAAGUACUUCAAGAAAGUGGUGGAUUUUCAUAAAAUCCAAUCCACAGCUGGGGCUAUAAGUUUCUCUAAUUUUAACACAAGUGAUGUUUGGUUGGCUUUAGUGACCUUAUUCUACGUAGAUAUGCUAGGCACCACUGGAAUACUGUACACAAUGGCAGAAAUUGGUGGAUUUGUGAACGAAGAAGGAAGUUUUGAAGGGCAGUACAUGGCAUUCCUUGUUGAUUCAGGGUCUACAAUUGUGGGAUCUACAUUAGGAGUUACAACAACCGCAACAUAUGUCGAAUCAUCUGCUGGGAUUAGAGAAGGGGGUAAAACAGGAUUAACUGCUGUUACUGUUGGUUUAUAUUUUCUUGUAUCGUUGUUUUUUACUCCUUUGUUAACUAGUGUACCACCUUGGGCUAUAGGACCAUCACUAGUGAUAGUUGGGGUUAUGAUGAUGAAGGUGGUGAAGGAUAUCAACUGGGAUAACAUUAAGGAAGCAGUGCCUGCUUUUAUGACCAUGCUUCUCAUGCCACUAACUUACUCCAUAGCAAAUGGGAUUGUUGGUGGGAUUGGACUUUACAUUGCUCUUAGCUUGUAUGAUUAUAUUGUGAGGUUCAUGAAGUGGUUAACCAGGAUGAGGAGAAUGGUAGUGAAAGAACGAAACCAAGUGUGUGCUACAGCUGCUGUAGAUCUUGCAAUUGAAGUAAUUUAA